ACUGCCACGUGCGCGCCCAAUUGUGAGGUCCCACGGCCUCACCAGAAUAUAAAGCUGGACAUCUGAGAGCAUCCCAGUUGCACCAGGCAGUGCGGGACCCCUAGCAUCCUGGCCCGCAGCAUCCCAAGUCCAGGAGGCUAGCGUCCCCCUGCUUCCCAACUGCCAGCUGAGUGCCUCCGUUCCCGAGAAGAGAGAAGAGGCGGAAGAGGAGCCAUGGAAACCUUGUUAAUCCUACCAAGCUGCGUUUUGAUCGCCUUUCUAAUUAUCUUCUGGAAAUAUGGGUUUGAGAGAAACAUUGGUGAAAUAUCAAAUUCAACUUCUCUUGCACUAGUAAGAACCUCUUCUACUGGGUCAACUAAGAGCAAUACUGAUAAGAGUCUUUCAGUCAACAAUCUCUCUCGGGAUAUCUUAAAUAAUUUCCCACACUCGAUAGCCAUGCAGAAGCGAAUUUUGGUAAACCUCAGGAUCGUGGAAUACAAGCUGGCUGAAUUGGAACAUUUCCUAGUUACCAGGGGUUUAAAUGGUGCAUUAGUUAACCGGAAAUCCACUGAAAAGCUUACGAGAUGUAAUGACAGUGGAGGCAACCAUUAAAGACACUUUGAGUGCAUUCACUUGA